AUGGCGGCGCGCCGCGGCAGCGCCGCUAAUCCGUACGUCCACUUGGUGAAGCAGCUGGACGCGCUCAGAGUGUCCAAGCAAAAAGAGGCCGAAGUCAUGCAUGACCACAGGACUAUCCAUGCCCUCGGAGAAGACAUGUCGUGGUUGAAGAAGCGCAAACUAAAGCCGUACUUGAAGGUCAAGCACAAAGCAACCCACUUAAAGCAUCUGCGUAUGUGGUUUGACUCGUACGAUCAAGACAAGUCGGGCAGCAUCAGUGUGUCCGAGCUGGCAUGGCCAAUGCUUGUCCUCGGCUACGCCAACACAAUUAAAGAGGUUCAUCAGUUGCUGCAUGAAGUUGACAAGAACAACGACGGCACGCUUAACUUUGACGAAUUUGUCGACCUCCUGAGUCAGAACGACGCCAAGCACGGCAUCCAUCCCCUGGAAAAGCUCGUGCAAAUGGCUCAGCAAGGUGUCCUGGGGGAUGCCGCGCUGUCGCUGCAGACCUUGAUUCCAUCGUACCAGCGAAAACUCAUGCUCGAGUCGCUCAUGGCAUAUGGCUGUACGACGUACUCACCUCGCAACCGCCACGAACUGGAAAUGCGCCAGGCGAACGAAGCCAUGCUGCAGCGCGCCGACAUCGCCCUCCACGUGCUCGACAAUGGCGGCGCCACAAUUGCAGUCGCCAAGCCAACUAGGCUUCCCCCCAUGAAGAAAACUGCUCAGGACUCACCUCAACCCACGGCGCGGAUUCUGCAGGCUGGCUCCACGUUGCGGCGAAGACUGGCAGCCAAGGAAAGCUCACCAGCUCUCUUCAAUGAAUCCAUCGAGAAGGCCAAGGACGAAAGCAGUCGAGUCGACAUCGGCCUCCAACGCGACGACGAUGUCGGUGGCAACACUUGA